GCAUGAGCGAUAGACACAAUUCACUCACUUGCAUAAAUAAAUCAUUAAUAGUCUAGAAAUUUGGCACUAUCACACUUUGAUGAUAAUAGUUAAGAGUUUAGGUUUAAGAUCGUUUUAUUGCAGGAGCAACCUUUGGAAAUCUUUCCGCUGGGGAAGAUGCGCCGCCAUUCACCAAGGGCCUGUAGAUGAAGGUUUUAUAGCGAGGGGAAGAACGAUUGAUUUAAUCCUACAAGAGUUUCCCUAUUCCUUACAGAAAUCGCUUCCUCAUGAAAUCCUGCACAGAGACAUUCAAUUGUCCAUUUUUCCGCAUUCUCACAGCAUUCCUGUGAUUCAUGGAGUUAAAAAAUAUGAGUUCUUCUUUCUGUCUGUAAAAUGGUUAGUCAACAUUCUGUUUGGAAACCAUAAUCAACAAGUAUUGCAACUGUUGUCCAGCGAAGUGAACCAAUUAAGCCGAACAGCGGCCCGUUUAACCAUCAAAUUUGAGUGGGAUAUUACAGCCGAAACAUGCUGGUGUGGUAUAUGCCACUAUGAUGUUGAUAAUGAGGGUUUGCUCUUUAGACAUACUCUCGAGAACGUUGAGAUGGCCAAUUUAAAAGAAGACAGAUUCUCCCUCAGCAGUCCACCAACAUUUCCUAUGUCGAAAUUUAGAGAAUGAUACCGGUGUAAAUAUUAGGGAACCAAAUCUUUACAUGAGGGGAAGCGGGUUUUAUUUGAAAAGACACCCAUUACCGAAUGGCAGACAUCAAACAUUUUUCCGGAAUAUCCUCAAGCAUUUCGACAAUGUCACUACCGAAAAUACCUGUUUGGAUUGUGGCCUUUUCAUUAUGGUGCACAUUGUCGUGCUCCCCCCAAAUUUUGUAGAACUUCACGGUUUCAUCGCUGUUUGCAACGAUAAUGUAUUCGCCUUCUUUCCACGUGCCUCCAACUCGACAAUGAGUAUCAACAGCCAUAACUGUUCGAACCCUCCGGGCAUCUCUGUGUUUUGACGUAGACAUUCCAAACACGGGCGUUAAUUGAGGCCAACGAUAUACGACAAGAGAACGCUGUUCCGGCCGAUCCGAAUAGCCUAAAGCAACACAAAUCUCACGGUAACGUCGUGACCAUAAAGUAGCUGUGAUUUGAGAGCCGCAGAACUUGCGCGCGACUUCGUUACCCCGAAAAGUAUCAUAGAAAUACAAGCUUUGAUCACUGGAACCUGUGCCAACGGCCAGAAUUGAUUUUUGCCAAGGACAAAAGGAAAGCGCCUUGAUUGCUGCCUUGUGAAACCAUACAAAUUGCGGCACCGUAGGUGUUCUGGCAUCAAACACAGCGACACGAUUAUCAUUUCCGCCACUCGCGAACAUUGUACCAUCAUGGUUCCAACACAGACCACAAACUUGUUCAGCGUGAACAUUUUUUAUACAGGAUACACGCACGACUUCGUUCUUGCGCAGGACAUAGCUAUAGAUCUUGCCAGUGCAACCUCCAAUUAAUAAAAGUCGCUUGACAGGGCUCCAGGCCAUACAACUUAUAUCUCCGUUAAAGAAAAGUUCAGAUAUAAGUUUUUUUUGAUCCGCCGCCCCUUGCCAAAGCUGAACGGCACCAUCAAUUCGUGCAACUGCUAAGACAGAACCAUCGCCCGAGUAGGCCAAACUGCUUAUGUCGCUUGAACCAUCCAUUUUUAAUAAAACAGGACCAGUUACGGCAGUCCAUAAAUACACCUGAUUGGCAAGCGCGACAGCAAGCUCACCAAACUUUGACCAAGCUAGC